AUGGGAGACCGAGCUCGCUUCAUAAACAAUAUUGCGAGCGCCGUCACUUGGCCUCGCAGCACAGUGAUUCCGCGCUCAUGGCACGGCUAUAGGGGCAGCGCCGGCCGAAGGGGACAUAUACGGAACUACAGUGAUAAAAAUUCACAAAACAGGUCAAGUUGGAAACUUUCGACAGUGACCGUAGCUGUGGCAGCUGGGUUGGCGGCGUAUGGUGUCUCAAGAGCUGCAAAUGGGCGCGCCGCAACCAGCAGCUCACAAAGUAUAGGUGCAAUUCUCGACGCUGGGCGCUUACCUAUAGUCAAAUAUGCAACCUUGGAUGAAAUGAAUAAGGCUAUAGCUGAAAUUGAAAAUCAACUCCGUGAUACCGAAGAUAUAAUCUCAACAGACGAGGAAGACCUUAAAGCGCACGGAUUCUCCGAAUGGUCGUCUGUCAGACUUGACACACUUCCCAUCGCCGUCGCAUACCCGCGGAACACAGAACAAGUCAGCACAAUCGCGCGCAUCUGCCACAAAUAUAGAAUCCCAAUUAUUCCUUACAGCGGUGGCAGCAGCUUGGAGGGCCAUACGGCCGCGCCGUUCGGCGGCAUCAGCAUGGAUUUCGUCCAUAUGGACCAGAUCAUCAAGAUCAAUGAGGAGGAUAUGGAUGUCGUAGUGCAGCCUAGCGUUCUGUGGGUCGAUUUGAACGAUAAGUUGAAGAAUAUGAACACUGGUUUGUUUUUCCCAAUGGAUCCAGCACCCAGCGCGAAGAUUGGAGGAAUGAUAAGCACAAACUGCUCAGGAACCAACGCAGUACGUUACGGAACUAUGCGUGACUGGGUGAUCAACCUCACUGUAGUUCUUGCAGAUGGUACUAUGAUCAAGACCCGACAACGGCCACGCAAGUGCAGCGCCGGAUACAACUUGAAUGGGCUCUUUGUAGGGUCUGAGGGAACACUGGGAAUUGUCACCGAGGCUUGUCUCAAGCUUGCAGUUCAGCCUGAGAAUUUCUCUGUGGCUGUUGUACCUUUCCGCACGAUCCAUGACGCUGUCUCAGCAGCAACGCGGGUUAUUCGGAAGGGACUCCCUGUUGCAGCUCUUGAAUUGAUGGAUGAGACUCAAAUGCGCAUUGUGAACGAGGGCGGCAUGACUAGACCACGCGUGUGGAAAGAGCAGCCAACUCUGUUCUUGAAGUUUGCCGGGUCAAAAGCCGCAGUGGAAGAAACUAUUGAAAGGGUCAAAGAAAUUGCGUAUGAUCACGGGUCGGAAGGGUUCGAGUUUGCGCGCGAUGAGCGAGAGCAAGUAUACCUGUGGUCAGCCCGCAAAGAAUCAUUGUAUUCUCUGCUGGCUCUUCGCAAAGGCGGAGAAGAAAUGUGGAAUACUGAUGUUGCCGUACCACUGAGCCGUCUGGCGGAUAUUAUCGUUGCCAGCAAAGAAGAGGCAGCCUCUCUGGGAAUCAAUGCCUGCGUCAAGGGUCACGUCGGUGACGGCAACUUUCACGAGAACAUCACAUAUGACAGCACAAAACCUGGUGAGCGUGAAAAGGCAAAAAUCGCGGUAAAGAACAUGGUCAAGCGCGCUAUCGAGAUGGAGGGAACAUGCACCGGCGAACAUGGGAUUGGGUUUGGUAAAAAGGAUGCUCUUCAGCUGGAGGUUGGCAGUCAGACGAUUGGCUUCAUGGUAAGUUCAUGUUCAAUUGAAGGUGUCCAUACUCUUAUGUUGACUCCUGCUAAUAUCAUACAGAAAAUAUUGAAAGGAACAUUUGACCCGCAUUGGAUUAUGAAUCCAGGGAAAGUUUUCGACCGGUAG